CACCAUGCCGACUGCAAACAGAAGGGGGAGGGAUGCUGCAGAGAGUACGGGUGACAAGCAAGUGGCCUUUAGAUGAUUAGUGGUCAGGGGAGGGCAGGGUCACUUAUCAUAUCACUUUACUAGCCGUGCCAAGCCUGUGCAAGCAGUGGACCAGGGCCACCUCCUAUCCUGACUGUCAUGGUCCUGAGCUGGGCUGCAAUUCAUACAGGUAAAAACUGCUUUGGUGUCAGCUUCAGAACACAUACAAACCAUGGAAGUGCCCCUCUAAAGUAUCAGGAUAACCAGCAAUAACCGCCAUAUUGCAGCUGUUACUAUGGUUACACAGGCAGAAAUUGCAACUGAAGCGGCUGAUGCAAAUGUUGAUGAGGAGACUCAGGAAGAAGCCUGUAAGCCUACGGAUCAUUUGACAGUACAAGAUGCAACACCUCAUUUGAAUAGCAAAAAGAAUAUUCGUCCAACUGCUGAGAAGUCAAAUAUCAAUGUUUCUACUACUGAACGCCAUGCACGGAAAAUCACCCAUCAUACAGCAGUCAACCCAGAUCGCCUGAAACAUUCCAAAGCCCUUGUGGAGAAAGCAAUUAAGCAAAAAAAAAUCUUCGCUAUCCAUGGCCCUUACCCUGUGAUCCGGAGCUGCUUGCGGAGCAGAGGGUGGGUGGAGAAGAAGUUCCCCAAGAGCGGCAAGGCUGAACGGAAAAAGGAAAAGGCCUCCGAUGAAGAUAUGGAGGACGAUGAUGGAGAUGGGAGCAGCAACGAUGAUGAUGAUGGUGAGGACACUGAUGUAGAGGACAAUGACGAUCCUGAUGGGACCUGUGAUCUCAUGUCAAGACUUUUACGCAAUGAAGACCCCAACUUUUUCUGGACAACAAAAAGCAAUGCCGUGGACAGUCACUUCCUGAAAAAGGAUCAGAUGUUGAACCAUUAUGCCAAGGCCGGCUCAUUCACAACCAAGGUGGGGUUGUGCCUGAAUUUAAGGAACCUGCACUGGUUUGAUGACGCUGAUCCUGAUUCAUUUUUCCCACGUUGCUACAGACUGGGGGCAGAAGAUGAGAAGCAGACGUUCAUUGAGGAUUUCUGGCAUACGGCUGCCCGAAGUAUUCUGAAACGAGUUGCAAAUAAAAACAAUAUCUGUUCCCCUUCUGCGGUUGGAGAAACAAAAGCUAGCAACAGAGAGCAGAAUGCAAGCAAUGGUACCCAACCAGUAGAUUCCUUUCCGGUAGCUAAAAGGGGGGCCCGAAAGCGUGUAGAAAGUGCCCCCGUUCAGAUCAUUCUGACAGCCCUCGAGGCCUGUGAGAGGUACCUGAACAGCUUGGAACACAAUGACAUAGACAUGGAGACAGAGUCGACUCCUGCCAUGACAGAUGCUCAGUGGGAAGAAUUCCUGCGUGGCUACUAUCAGGUCAUACAUGAUGGUGCCACCAUCGAGCACUCCGAAUACUACGUAGAGCAGUGCAGUGAAGUUCUACAUAAACUGGAGGCAGCAAACCCCCAGCUGGACAUUGAAGGGGAACGGAACAUCUGGAUUGUAAAACCAGGAGCCAAAUCCAGAGGAAGGGGUAUAAUCUGCAUGGAUCGGCUCGAGGAGAUUCUGAAGCUUGUGGACUGUGACCCAAUGAUUGUCAAAGAUGGAAAGUGGGUGGUGCAGAAGUACAUUGAGAGGCCACUCCUUAUAUUUGGAACCAAAUUUGAUGUGCGCCAGUGGUUCCUGGUAACAGACUGGAACCCUUUAACCAUUUGGUUUUACAAGGAAUGUUACGUCCGCUUCUCAUCGCAGGUCUUCUCCUUGGAAAACCUAGACACCUCCAUACACCUAUGUAACAACUCCAUACAGAAGCACUUUGAGAAUUCCCAGACCCGUCAUCCACUGGUGCCUACAGAUAACAUGUGGUCUAGCAAACAGUUCCAAGUGCACCUCCAAAAGCUUGGGGCACCCCAUGCCUGGGAAACAGUGAUUGUGCCAGGCAUGAAGGCGGCCAUUAUCCAUGCCAUGCAGAGUGCCCAGGAUAUAGUGGAGUACAGGAAAAGCAGUUUUGAGCUGUAUGGUGCUGAUUUCAUGUUUGGGGAGAAUUUCCAGCCUUGGCUGAUUGAGAUCAAUGCCAGUCCCACAAUGGCGCCAUCAACACCGGUGACCAGCAAGCUCUGCGCCGGAGUCCAAGAAGACACCUUACGUAUUGUUGUAGACCGGAAAUUAGACCGGAACUGUGACGUAGGAGCAUUUGAGCUCAUAUAUAAACAGUGUGCAGUCGACAUCCCUCAGUAUGUGGGAAUAAAUCUAUUAGUAGAAGGAUCAAUGGUCAAAAAACCCCGUCAGCUACAACAACCCAGCUCCAACGGGGCCUUCAAUUUCUCUAUCGCCCAAAGCAACAAGAGGUCCGUCUCCAUGUUAAACGCUAAGACCUCAGGUCCAAACAGUGGCCUUGGCAGUCAGGACUCAGUCAAGCUUGCUGGUGCAACCCCUAUAACACCUGCGUUGGCGGGCAAUGUUUUCUGGACUUCUAGAACCCAAAACCCAAUCAGUAGGGCAAAGACGACAGCAACUGGGAAAGAAAAUAAAGCAGUGAGGGUAGGACAGAGAAAUUCCGUGAUGGUGGAACUUGUUAGACUUCCCAGCAAGCGAUCGCUGGAACAAAGCAAAGAAGGAACCAACCCAAGACAACGACUAUUUCCUACACCCAAAUCCUGCACAUUGGAAAAGCCACUUAGAGCGAGGGAGCCAAUAAGGCUUAAGAAUGGGGGCUUUGUGGACCUGAAAUUUACAAGCCUGGAUUCUGGCCAAGUACAUCUCCUAAGGAACAUAAAAACAGGGAUCACAGAUCCUAAUAAGAUGCCCUGUUUAUUUUGUAAGGGCCCCUCUACUCUGACCGGACUUCAUGCAAUGUGCUCCUGUUCUAGAGCUGGGAAACAGGCCGUUAAACCUGCUUGUCUCAAACUAUCCAAGAGAAUUCAUAUUGGCAAGUUUCACGACAGCUUUGCUCCACUCUCUGCUCGGGGAACGGCAAUCCUCACCUCCCUCUUGCCAUGAAAAAAAUCUAUUGCAGUAAAGGAUCACUGACAAAACAUGG